CCACGCCUCGCGUACCAAACGCCACACACGACGCCGUAACCGCCACUUUGGAUUCCCCACUAUGGACGCCGGCGGCGGAGGCCACGGCGGCGCCAUGGCGGUGUCGGCGGCGGCGGCGGGGAUGGACGAGGCGGACGCCGCCUUCUUCUCCCGCCGCGGGAACCGGUGCUGCUGCUUCUGGGGGCCGUGGGCGUCGUCGUCGUACUCCCGCGCCGGUGGCCCUGCGGCGGCGGCGGAGGAGGAGUGGUGGCACCGCGUCGGGGGAGGGGGAGGGGAGAGGCGGCGGUGGUGGCGGCGCGGGGUGGACGCGCUGAUGAAGGUGCGGGAGUGGUCGGAGCUGGUGGCUGGGCCGCGGUGGAAGACCUUCAUCCGGCGGUUCAGGCGCAGCCCACGGCACCACCACCACGGCGGAGGAGGCGGAGGCGGUGGCGGCGGGAGGAAGCUCAACUACGACCCGCUCAGCUACGCGCUCAAUUUCGACGAGGGCCACGGCGGCGCGUGCAGCCCGGAGGGCGACUACGCCGGCUACCGCGACUUCUCCACCCGCUUCGUCGCGCCUCCGCCGCCCGCCGCCGCCUCCGCCAAAUCCUCCAUGGACUUCGGCGGCCGCGACGCGCCGCCGCUGUUCCACCACCCGCCGCCGCAGCAGCCACACCCUCACCCUCACCCGCCGUCUCCCUCCGCCGCGCGGGGCUGACGUCGCCGGCGCACCGACCGAAUCUUUUUGUUAUUGCUGGGCGGCGGAGGCGAUAAGGGUGGACGUCAUUUUCUCUCAUUUGCUGCUGGUCGAUGGUGUCCAUAGAAGAUGCGCUUGUUUUUGUUUGUAUUUUUUUUGUUGCCUUUUUAAAAUUUUGUUCACUGUAAAUAAAAAAAUAGAACUCUAUCUAUAUAUAUGUAUGGAUCAAAUCUGUUACAACAGCCACAGAAUUUCUGAACUUGUUCUUGCAAGCAAAAGGUGAUACCAAAUAUCAAAAAAAAAAAGAGGAGAUGAUGACAA